CACUCCGCCUCUCAACCUCGCCGCACAGCCUUAUCCCAAAAAACAAAAAACCUUGCCUCACUGCCAGGUGCCAGGUGCCAGGUGCCAGCCGUCGGGAAGCGUCGAGCCAUGAGCUCCGCCGCCGUCGCCGCUAAUGUCGCCGUCAUCGGUGGCGGAAUUACGGGCGCCGUGAGCGCAUCGCUCCUCGCCGCGCGCGGCGUGGCCGUGACGCUCUUCGACUCUGGCCGCGGCGCUGGCGGACGCAUGUCGCAGCGGAGGGCGACGAUGGAGGACGGCACGGAGCUUCGCUUCGACCACGGUGCGCCCUACUUCACCGUGACCAACGACGAGGUUGCGCGGGUCGUAAGUGGGUGGGAGGCGCGAGGGAUCGUCGCCGAGUGGAAGGCCACGUUCGCAUGCUUUGAUCUGGCUACCGGCAAAUUCACUGACUUCGAGAAGGAGGGAUCAACUAAGAAGUAUGUGGGAGUGCCAGCCAUGAACUCGAUAUGCAAAUCACUCUGUUUAGAGGAUGGUGUGGAGGCCAAAUUUGGUGUCACUGUUGGUAAGAUGGAUUGGCUUCAAGAUAGGAGUUCAUGGUCACUAGCUAGCUUGGAUGGGAAAGAUCUUGGUUAUUUUGAUUAUGUUGUAGCAACAGACAAGAAUGUGGCAUCACCAAGAUUUUCUGGGUUGACUGGAAGACCACCGCCUCUUGACUUGUCAUUAUUUCCACGGCUGUCUGUAAUGGUUCAAGAUAUCCCAGUUCGACCCUGUUUUGCUCUUAUGGUAGCAUUCUCAGAGCCAUUGGCUAUGGUACCAGUUCAUGGUUUCUCUUUCAACAAUUCUGAUUCUCUGAGUUGGGCCUACUGUGACAGCAGUAAGCCAGGGCGUGCUUGUGUACCUCCCAACAGACAAUCUUGGGUAUUGCAUUCGACAACAGAAUAUGCUUCCAAGGUAAUAAAUACUAUUGGUCCGCGGAAACCUUCCGCAGAUGCACUUGCUAAGGUAGCAGAGGAAUUGUUCAGGGAAUUCCAGGCUACAGGAUUGAGCAUUCCACAACCAAUUUUUAUGAAAGCUCACAGAUGGGGUGGUGCUUUCCCAGCCAUUGCUGUAGGUGGAGAUGAUAAAUGUAUUUGGGACAAAAGCACGAAAUUGGCAAUUUGUGGUGAUUUCUGUGCAAGUCCAAGUGUCGAAGGAGCAGUCAUUAGUGCCAUGAGAGGAGCUUCGAAAAUCCUGGGAUGUUUAAACUGUCCAUCAGGGUUGUGAGUUGUAUGUUUAACCAACAACACCCCCUGCAUCUCUCCUCCAACUCUCUACGUAAUUGUUACAGAAAUAAAGAAUCAAGUUCCAUUGGGAAUUCGGGGAUGGAAUGGAGCGACAGAAGUAUGGAAAUAGGAUAAGGUAGCGGCGAGGUAUCAAGUGGAAGUGCAAUGAUGUAUGCAGAGGCAUCCUAACGAACGAACGAUUUGAACCUUGUUACUACAUGACCUGAUCAAAUCGAUCAGGCACUACAAUCUAUCUUCAUUGUUCAACUUUAUUUGUUUAAUGUUUUGAUACAAAAUAAGAAAUAAAGCUGCAUGAGUUGAUAUCA